UUGGUGGCCGGCUGCGCGCCUAAAAAGCGGAAUCUACAAAAGUUUGCGCGUUUUUUCCUCUCUCUGUCUUGAGAGCUCUGCCUCCGCGCAGUCCACGGAACCACGGACAGAAUCACGGAGCGUGUAAUCACACUCAGCUUGUUGGGUUUUAUUUUUUGAAUUUAACGGAGAAUGAGUCCAUGAAGGGAUGCGGGAGCUUAAGAUGCGCGCAGAGCAGGUGUCCCAGAGGGCGUCAUGGAUCAAACUGGAGCAGGAGGACGCAUUCCCAGCAGCUAACUGGAAGCGCUUUCUGUGGUGAGUGAAGAUCAGCCCAUAUUCGAGCCGGCCUUCUCAGCAGCGCCCGCCAUGCACAUGAAGAGCGAGAUGACGUCGCCUGGUGGCUUCAGCCAGGCCUCCAAGCCGAGUCCUGAGCCCACCGAGUCGGAAUGGGUGGGGUCAGCAGCACAAAAUCCUGGGAAAAGAUCCGAACACGUCAAUGGAACCAGCCGAGGUUCUCCUGUGGACUGCAGCGUCACCAAACGUUCCCGACACAUGAGCAGCGAUGGGGCCCCCCUGCCGUACCAGGCCUCUUACCCGGAGCCUAGAGUGAGCCCCCAGACCACCACCCCGAACAGCAACAACCCAACGGAGGAGAAGAGGGUCAUCGUCCCAGCAGAUCCCGAGGUCUGGACCCAGGACCACGUCCGACAGUGGCUGGACUGGGCCAUCAAGGAGUACGUCCUGGAGGAGGUGGACGUGGUGCUCUUCCAGGCGCUGGACGGGAAGGCGCUGUGCAAGAUGAGCAAAGACGACAUGAUGCGGCUCACAUCGGCCUACAAUGCAGACAUCCUGCUCUCUCACCUCAAUUACCUCCGGCAGAGUAGCCCUACAUUCUCAUACCCCACAACUCCCACCAACAGCACACCUCCACCACAACCUCCACAGCCCCGACUACAAGUAAAAGCAGAAAGCAGUUUUGAUGAGAUCAGCCGCAGGAACAGCUGGCCAACCAACACCAUGACGGCCACAGUGCCUAAAGGUUCUCCAAUCGAGCACCAACACAACAGCAGGGUAACCGAUCCUGCGCCAAGAGUUAUUCAAGAUCCGUAUCAGACGUUAGGACCCAUCAGCAGCCGACUGGCCAAUCCAGAAGGCCAAGUCCUCAGCUCAACCAAGAACCGAACAGGCAAACAAAGUCCGUACAAGCUGCCUGACCCCAGCGCUCACAGGCCUGUGGGCUCCGGUCAAAUCCAGCUUUGGCAGUUCCUGCUGGAGCUCCUGUCCGACAACAACAACGCUGGCAUCAUCACCUGGGAGGGUACCAAUGGCGAGUUCAAGAUGACCGACCCAGACGAGGUGGCCAAGCGCUGGGGCGAGCGCAAGAGCAAGCCCAACAUGAACUACGACAAGCUGAGCCGCGCCCUGCGCUACUACUACGACAAGAACAUCAUGACGAAGGUGCACGGCAAACGCUAUGCCUACAAGUUCGACUUCCAGGGUAUCUCGCAGGCGCACCAGAACCACGGGGCAGACACCGGGAUCGUUAAGUACCCGACUGAGAUGUCUUACGUCCAGCCGUACCACAGCCACCAACCCAAAAUGAACUUCAUGAGCGGACAUCCUGCUCCUAUGCCAGUCUCCCCUGGGAACUUUUUUAGCCCCCCAUCAACGUACUGGAACUCAGCCAACAGCCCCAUCUACCCUGGAUCAGCUAUGACCCGACAUCCAGCGGCUCACUCUCACCUGAGCUCAUAUUACUGAUGACGGGACGACCCGGAGAGGAACCAAAGUGCUGACCCGAGCUGAACCCAGUCUGAGCAAGAAGGCGACAUAAUACUAUGGUGCAUUUUCCUACUAGGCAUUAUCACACCUUGAGAGUGGCAUUCUCCUGCUCAGAACCAGAACAGAGGGCUAGACUCAGACUAUGAACAUUCAGACAGCACAGUGUAUGCAUUCAGUUAACAUUUUCAUUCAGUCUGUAAGUAGUUUUGUUUGAUAGAACCUGUUAUAAACUGUUUUAUGAUUGUUGGUAUUACUGCAGUAAAAAAAACAAGUUAUCACAUUUAUAGAUGACUUUUUGUAAAACAAUCUGUACAGAAUCGUUUUCACGAAACAAUAAAACAUUUAUGCAUUAUCUGUAGCUAAA